UAUGCUGUAUAUAAUGUAUCGACUCCACCUCAUAACUCUAUGAAUCAAAACAUCUGUCUAGCCUUUCAGCUCUUUCUAAAUUAUUUCAAAUUCUGCAAGUUAUUUAGUCUGUCAUCACAUUUGCUCUAAUGGGGAAUACUUACAGUCGUCCACAGCGAAAAAUUAGGAGAGGUACUCCAUUACAAAUUCCUGCAAAUAUAGCAGCUAUUGACUUUGGAACAACAGCCCUCUCUCUCUCUUAUUCUACAAAAGGAGAUGUUGAUGGCAUGCCAAAAACUCUCCCAUUUGGUCCUGAUAAAAUCAGCCGCAUUCCAAAUGCCAUUUUACUUCAACGUGGAGAUCUAGAAGAUAACAAAAUUAACAUCGUGAAAGUAGUACUUGGAGAUGUUGCAAGAGAUAAGUUUUUCAAAUUAAAGGUGCAUGAGAGGAAAGAUUACAUUUACUUUGAAAGAAUUAAAAUGCUAUUAAGACGUGAGAAGGGAAUUAACAGGGAAGUGCAUGUUACAUCUUUUACUGGUGAGCCUUUCUAUCUCCUUGAGGUGAUAGCAUUUAUACUCAAGUACUUAUCAGAAGAGUUACAAGAACAUCUUAGCCGCACUGUUUUACCUCUUAAAAAGAAUAAUUUUGAUUGGGUCAUCACUGUACCAGCUAUUUGGGAUGCUCAAAGUAAAAGAAUGAUGAGAGAAGCUGCCUUUUUGAGUGGAAUGCUGACAGAGAAAGAGGGUCUAACAGCUCUGACACCAGUUGCAACAGGUGUACAAAAACCAGAGGAAGUCAACCCUGAGAAAUUAUCUCUUGCUCUUGAGCCAGAAUGUGCCGCAAUAUACAGUCAAGCAGCAAGUAAGAAGGAAGCAGAGCAAUACAAAAAUGCUGCAACAAGUAAAGAUGAGGUUGAAGAGGUAGUAGCAAAAUUAGGCAAGGGGUACAUGAUAAUUGAUGCUGGAGGUGGUACUGUAGAUAUAACAGCUCAAGUUGAAGUAAAAGGAGGAGGUGUCGAAGUUGUCACAGUUCCCAUUGGAAACGCAUUGGGAGGAACACAAAUCAAUGAAAAAUUCUCUUCAAUAUUUCAGGCUAGUAUCUAUGAUAAAGGCUUUUCCAGUUUCUAUAGUCAGAGCGACAAAGCUGGGGCUGCAAUUGAUAAACUAGUGUACACAGAGUUUGAAUCACAAAAGAUAUCCUUAGGAAAAGGCACACAUAAUGAAAUGGUAGUUGGUAUUUCAAAACCAAUUAUGACAUUUUACGGAGAAGAAAAACUUGAAGGUGGAAACUUUCCAAUUGGAUUUGAAUUUGAAGAUGACAAUAUUCGUAUAACAGAAGAUGCCGCCGAAAAAAAUCUUUUUGAUGAAUCAAUUAAAAGUCUAAUUGAGCACAUGUUUGAGGCACUAAAAUCACCAAAAAUGGAUCAUAUUGAAACAAUUUAUCUUGUUGGAGGGUUUGGGAGCUCAAAGUUAGUCGAGAAGCAUGUAAAAGAAGCAUUACAACGGAAAUCAUUGAAAAUCCAAGUUAUUGUACCCACAAGUCCCACUCUCGCCAUUGCAACAGGAGCUGUAAUGCUCAGAAAAAAUCCAGCUUUCAUAAAAGCCCGAUGUGCAGAUGCCAAUUAUGGAAUUGCUAUUACAGAAAAAUUUGAUUCAAAGAAACACGAUCCUGCUUACAAAAUCAAAGGCGAUUCUAAUGAUGAAUAUUACUGCAAAGAUGUCUUUGAUGUUUUUCUACAAAAAGGGGAGCUAGUCAGUUAUGGGGAGGAAUUUGUCACACAAUUAUGUGCACCUGAUGGGUCGGAAGAAGUUACAUUAGAAAUUUACUCAACAGAAGAAAAUGGCAUCAAAUAUGUCAAAGCACCCGACGGCAAGCCAAAAGCCAAAUCAGUUGGUAAACUGAUCAUUGAAGCUCCUAAUCCUGAUAAGUUAUCCUGGAAAGAACGCCAAAUCGAUGUCAUGAUGAACUUUUCUGGAUCUGAAAUUCAAGCAAGAGCAAUGUAUAGAUCUACAAAUAAAGAAGUUAAAACUGUAAUUGACUACCUUUAAGCUAGCUACUUUUAAAAAGUCUUGUCAUAACAUAAUUGCGAUGUUAGUUUAUCAUUUUACCUGUA